GCGGCACGUGCUUUUGGCUCAAGCGGGCAAGAUACGAGCGAGUGGUGUGGUCGGUGGUAGCCGGGCGUAUGUAACAAGGUAGUGUUGCAGACACAUUGCAGCUGCCAGGAACCAUGGGUAUUGCGGGCAGAAUCCAGAAAACGAAGACUCGUAAGGGUAAGCGACAUAUAGAAGAUAGAGCACCAAAGCUCAUUGAAAAUGAAAAGAAGGUUCUCAUCUUGAAGGGCCACAAAACGAACAAUGUUCUGCAAGAAUGCCUAAAGGACAUCAACUCCUUAAAGCGGCCGCACGCGAUCUUCUUCAACCGGAAAAGAGAUCUGGUGCCGUUCGAAAACAUCACGCCCGUCGAGCAGCUCUCUGCGAAACUGGAUGCCGGCCUCUUCGUCAUCGGCUCCCACAGCAAGAAGCGGCCGCAGAACCUCAUCCUGGGUCGCAUGUUCGACCACCACCUGCUCGACAUGGUCGAGCUGGGCGUGCAAAGCGCCAAGUCGCUGCACGACUUCAAGAACGCCAAAGUGGCUGCCGGGACCAAGCCGUGCCUCCUGUUCGCCGGCGAGCGCUUCUCCAGCGACGACACGUACGUGCGGCUCAAGAGCCUGCUGAUCGACCUAUUUCGCGGCGAGCACGCGACGGCCGUGCGGCUCGGCGGCUUCGAGCACGCCCUGGCCUUCACGGCCACCGAGGCCGGCCUGCAUAUGCGCAGCUACCGCGUGGUGACGCAGCGCUCGGGCGGCCGCGCGCCCCGCGUGGAGCUCGAGGAGAUCGGGCCGUCGCUGGACCUGGUGGUGCGCCGCAGCCGACUCGCCUCCGACGACCUCUUCCGGCGCGCGCUCAAGCAGCCCAAGCAGCUGAAGGCGAAGAAGGUGAAGAACGUGUCGGACGGCAAGCUGGGUGCGCAGAUGGGACGCAUCCACAUGGAGCGGCAGGACCUGCGCAAGCUGACCACCAGGAAGCUGAAGGGACUGAAGCCCGGCAAGAAUGCGGCGGUGGAGGGAGGCGCCGGCGACGUGCAGAACCCGAUGGACGUGCAGGACGGCGAGGUGACCACCUGA